AUGGCGACAGCCAGGUUAUCGCCGACGGCGAAUCUUCUUCGGAAGUCCCGUCUUUUCGCGCUUCCUUCAGCCUUACCGUUGCCCCAGCAAGAUGCAACCUCGAAGACCGUUUACGAAUCCGGCACCGCAACCCUGCCUCAUCCGAUCCGAGCAUCCAUUGUCACCCCGGCUUCGUCGCUAGCGAGAGGAGAUUGGGGGUUGAAGCGACCGCUUCCUGCAAAGUCGACAUCGGAAAGGUCGUCUCGGCCUGUUGUCCGCGUCAACGUACUCGACACGUUUGAACAUGUCACAGACUUCGAAUCCGCCGCCGACCACACGGUGACCUUGGAGAAAUUCCAAGAGCUUCACAUGCCCAUGUCCCUUCCUUCCAAGGUCAACUACGCGACUAGCAUGGUGCCUAGACACCAAAGCCCUUUCGAGUCCGUGGUUGACAAUACAGAUACGAGCAAAGGCCUUCAGGAGCCUGGUGCCAAACAGUUCAGACAUUCUGGGCCUUGGCUCGCGGGACAGACGGAGGCGGAGUUCAAUGCUUAUCUAAAUAAAGUGCGCGCGAGGAAGCCUGAGCUACUGCAGAAGCUCCGUGAACACUUCAUUACCAAGCGAACUGCUGAACGCAGAAAGCAAGCCCAGGAUAACGGCGAGGACCUAGAAGCGCUUGGUCCGCUCAACAUCACCGAGGAAGAGUUCCAAGGGUACAUCAAAUCGCUGCGAGCCGAUCCCUUCUCUCUUGGCCCCGUCGUCUUCGAACUGUUGGAUCUUCCAUCGCCCCCCGCCGUCCCUAGUGACCGUAUCGGACACAAGUACUACCAAUCUCCAGGUACUAAACUCUCCUCUGCGGAGUAUGCUGUAUCCGGUCCCCCGAAGACCCACCCUUCUGCUGGUCUGUCAUAUACGCGAUCUCACGCUCUGAUCUACAACCACCCGAAAUUCGGUCCCCAAGCAUACCAACGCCCUGUGCAGGCCCGUAUCUUGCGGCCGAAGGGUCGGUUCAAGGGUAAAACAUCUAAGGCUAUUGCUGGUGUUGGUGGUAUCGCGGUGGAAGAUCUCAACGCUAUGACUUUCAUUGAACAAGGCUCGCCAGCAGGUCUUGCGUACUUCGACGUAUCCAUCCCCGGUGGUGCGAAGUACUGGGUUACUCCCAUCCGUGCUUCGGUUGACUCGGACGGUAGAAUCGGCCUCGCGUCAUACCGGGCUAGCGCCACUGCUAAGGCGCCUUAUGGUAUUGAGGAGUACCAGAAGCCAACCUUCACAAGUAUUUCCCCUGUCGCCCGUGCGGAGCAGCGUGUGGUGCCCAGGUUGGACAAAUUGGCAAGCUUGCCCUAUGCUCGGAGGGGACAGGAUAUGUCUGCAUCAGAGCAGCCCGGCAAAGCUAGAGAGGACGUUGCACGAAACCUUCUGAGGACCCUGAGUUCUAUUUAA